AUGUCGAAAAUUACAGUCGCCGUGUGUCAAUGUGCGACCCAAGAAUUCGACUUUGACAAAACAUUAGCUCACCUUGAAAAAUUUAGUCAAGAAGCUGCUUUGAAAGGUGCUCAACUUGCCCUUUUUCCUGAAGCUUUCAUUGGUGGUUAUCCACGAUAUUCACACUUUGGCUCUGUGAUUGGUCAUCGUACUGACGAAGGUCGUACAGAAUUCCUCAAUUAUUAUCAAGGCUCAGUAUCUCUCACUGAUGGAAACGACAAGUCCAUUGAGAUCCAACGAAUCGAAGAAGUUGCUCGCAAUCAAAAUAUCUUCCUUGUCAUUGGUAUUAUUGAACGGGAUGAAGGAACACUGUACUGUACAGUUAUCUACAUCGAUCCUCAACAAGGUCUCGUACAUUCACGAAGAAAAUUGAUGCCUACAGGUAUUGAGCGUCUCAUUUGGGGUUUUGGUGAUGUCAAAGAUGUCAAGCCGGUUCGAUUGACAAAAGAUAUUUCAAUGGGAGCCCUCAUCUGUUGGGAGAACUAUAUGCCUCUUCUACGAUAUCACAUGUAUUCACAGCAUAUUCAAAUUUAUUUGGCUCCUACUGCAGAUGCACGGGAUACAUGGAUGGCCAGCAUGCAACACAUCGCUGUUGAAGGACGAACAUAUGUGUUAAGUGCAAAUCAAUUUGUCAAGACAAAGAAUAUGCCAAAAGAACAUCCAUUGCCCGAAGAAUUUUCUGAUCCCGAAAGUGUGUUGACCAAUGGUGGAAGUUUGAUUGUCGAUCCUUUCGGCAAGAUUCUUGCUGGUCCUCUAUUUGGUAAAGAAGGUGUUCUUGUUGCUGAAAUUGACACAGAUCAAUGUAUUAAAGGCAAGAUGGAUCUAGAUAUUUGUGGACAUUAUGCGCGUAAAGAUGCUUUUACAUUCCAAGUAAAGCAAUAA